CUACCCCAGAGUUACCGACUUGAGCAAAAUAUGAAGCUAGCAUUAUUUUUCAUUAAUCUGCUUAUUAUAAGCAAUGUCUGUUCCAAAAAGUUCAGCCAAUUAACGAAGCCAAAUAUUGUAUUUAUUUUGAUUGAUGACCUCGGAUACAAUGAUGUCGGUUAUCACGGCUCCGAGAUCUACACACCAAACAUCGACAAACUCGCACGGGAAGGUGUGCGCCUGGAGAACUACUACGUGCAGCCUAUCUGCACUCCAACCCGGUCGCAACUGUUGAGUGGAAGGUACCAGAUUCACACUGGCCUUCAGCACAGUUACAUCCGCCCUGCCCAGCCUCUUUGUCUUCCGACCAAUCUCCCAACAUUUGCUGACAAACUACGUGAAGCCGGCUACGCUACCCAUGCUGUCGGCAAGUGGCACCUUGGAUUCUACAAGAAAGAGUGCCUACCAACGCAGAGGGGAUUUGACUCCUAUUUUGGCUAUUUGACAGGAGGUGAAGACUAUUGGACCCACCAUAGGGCUGGUGAUGGCCUCCUACCUAAUAGCAACCACUGGCUUGGAAUGGACCUGUGGGAUAACGAGAAGGUAGCUUGGGAGUAUGUCGGCAACUACUCCGCCUUCGUCUUCACAGAGAAAAUCCAGCAAAUAGUCGCCCAGCAUCCUGUGGAACAGCCUUUCCUGCUAUACCUGCCGUUCCAGUCAGUGCACUCACCCCUCCAGGUUCCUAGCUCAUAUGAAGAGAGAUACAAGAACAUCAAGAAUACAAACAGACGCAUCUAUGCUGGGAUGAUGACCUGUCUCGAUGAAGCCGUCGGAAAGAUUGUGCAUUCUCUUCAGCAGGCAGGGCUAUGGGAUAACACUGUGCUUAUAUUCUCAACUGACAAUGGAGGUGAGGUGGCAGCAGGGGGCAACAACUGGCCCCUCCGAGGCUGGAAGAGAUCCAUUUGGGAGGGAGGCAUGAGAGGUGUAGGCUUUGUCAACAGUCCCUUACUCCCUGCAAGUGUUCAGGGUACAGUCAACAAGCAGCUUAUCCAUGUAAGUGACUGGUUUCCAACUCUAGUCCAGGGUGUUGCAGGAAGCAGCCUUGAUAACAUAACGCUUGAUGGGUUCAACAUGUGGAAAACAAUAAGUUCCAACACUUCAUCUCCUCGGCAAGAGCUUCUUCAUAACAUGGAUCCCUGGCCCAACCAACCUAAGGAAUUCAAUGCUAACAUCUCAGCAGCUAUCAGGGUGGGGCACUGGAAACUCCUCACAGGGGAUCCUGGAGCCAAUAAUGGACAAUGGAUUCCUGUGCCAGAUUCUGGCAUCAUUCCUAUCCACCCACUCAAAAUCAGUGGUAAGGACACAUGGCUUUUCAACAUCACUGCUGACCCGAACGAGUAUCAUGACCUUUCGACCUCUCACCCGGAAGUAGUAGAAGAACUGAUGGCCAAGCUGAAGAAGUACUAUGCGGAUUCUGUUCCUGUGCAAUAUCCGAGUGAGGUCGAGGAAGCUAAUCCUGCUUAUCAUCAGGGUGUAUGGGGACCAUGGCAAUGAGUGAAAUAAGAAU